GGUAGUGUUAUCAGUGCUAACAAUAUAUACAUAUAUAUAUAUAUUCAAGUUUGACUACUCCAAUGCUGUCAAUAUGAAUGAAGUCCAAGAUUCACCCCCAGUAAUUGAUGAGGCUAUCAACCUUUUUAUGCUACUGGGGUUUAUUCACAUGGAGUUAAAAGAGAAUGUACGUAUUAUGUGAAAAAAUACUCUACAAUUUUGGCAAUGGUCUUUUUUAAGAUGAUGUCUCUCUCAAGAAGCUCCUCUUGAAUUUACCUUUGCAUACAUGCAUCAGUCCUUAAUAGCGUCAGACAGCUGAAUCACACUGCCUAAUGUCAAGACGAUGAUUUUCAGCCCAAUCAGUGGAUGUCUACAGUUCUUGUUUGUUGCAGAUUCAGGGACUCCCCAAAAUCCCCCAUGAUUCACCCCAUGCGGACUCUACCCAGAGUGCAAUGGGAAAGCAGCUCACAAGGCGAGUUUGCCUCCUGUGCCGAUGUCAAGCCGGUCCAUUAAAGCCAGAGUACGAGGGAAGCGUGUGUUUGUCAGGCCGUAUUACGUGAGGACGACACUGAUGGACUGCCCUCGGGGGCUACAGUUGGAGCCUCUCGUUGCUCCAUCCAACCCUCCACCCCUCUCUUGGAGCAACCGUACCUCUCUCUUUCUUGCCUUCUCUCUCUCCGGCCUAACAUAGAAAACACAAAGUUCUCGCCUCAUAACAUUUCUUAAAGUAGUUCAAGUAUAGAUUCACUGAAUUUAAACCCACAGCUCUGGUGUGCUCUUAAAACGCGCUUCACCUUUGUUAUGAAAACUUAAUGACUGAACAAAAAAAUCAAUUAAUUGUUUUUGUUUGUUUGUUUUUUUUAUGUCACUGCAAAUAUUCCAAAAGUAGAAUCAGAUUUAGGUUUUUAAAAAGUGCUGACUUUAUGCUUUUUUGGUCACAUUAUAGUUAACCAAAUUGGUUGAAGUCAUGAGCUGUGAGGCUGUCUAAAUGAGCAACUUGAUUACAAUACUUUCACAUUCUUCAUCAUUUUCUGAUAUUUAUUUUUAAUCUAAAAUGUGUUUUACAUAAAUUAAUAUUCAAUUAUGUCAUCAAGUCUUUGAUCAUAUAAUUUACGUUUAUCCUCCUACAUCCGCACAGAUGAAACAGUUCUUGAGUGCCUUGAACUAAAGUAACAGGGGUAUAAAUCUCUGCCCUUGUGUGGUACACUAUCUUUAAAAAUGUAAUAUCUUUGUACACUAAUCCAAAAAGCUGAAUAGAUACUACCUCCAGGAGUCAGAAUAAAAUAUCAUAUCUUCCCUCUCUAAACAGCUCAUACGUUUAUAAAAAAAGAUCAACUUGAGUAUAGUUGUGCCCCUUGUUGAAGAAAUGACUAAGACUUGACUCCAUACAAUAAGACCCAGUUGACUCAGAUGGCUUACGUUGAUGAAAGUUUAUGCAUCAGAUGAAUACUCGAGGAGACGUGAUUCAACAUCACACUUCUGUACUCGUGUCUUGCUCAAUCACAUGUGCCGAACUUCUCGAAAGGCAUCGCAUAUAUCCUAAAAGACAUUACCAUUAUCAGGGUCGUGUCACAUUGACCCACAUAGACUAAUCUGUGACGUCUAUAACACUGGAGCAGACAAUAAGUCUACCAAACAUCCUUGCAGAUAUCAGGAAGAACAGUUGACACUCUCUAAGCUGUACUUGGUGUUCUAAUAACAACUGAACUCUGUCAGGUCUGACUGACAUUAGAGAACAGUGAAUAAACCUAAUUACGUCUGUACAUUAUAAUCUAAAUAACUACAGAAAUUCCACCAGACCUCUCACUGUGUCACAUUGAAAGUUGAAAAGUACUCAGAGCUGUGUGAUGCCGUGAUAUCCCAGGAAAGAUGGAUUAAAAGAAAAAAACGACAGCAACCUCACUCCACUUAUACAGUAUAUCUUUCUCUGCAGCUGAUGAUAAGACUCCCAAAAUGUGGCUCAAAUUCAAACACGGCAAAGACUUGACGUGAAAAAUAAAGAACAAACGAGUGCUUCCAUCUACAGUAAAGCAAAUUGGAUGUAUAGGAUGUAGAGGAUGUAGAAAACAUUGUUUUUAACUGUAACUACUUUUCUAUUUAACAGCCAUAAUUAUUUAUCUUUCUUUUCUUAUUUCUUCCCUCAUCUACCUUAGCUGUGCACCUGCUUUGUGUUGUUGUUUGCAAGAAAGAUGGAUACACUCCAACGUACUCCAAUCCAAAAAGCUCAUGGUCCAUAUUCCUGGUCCAUCUGUCGGCUCUUUAGAUCCAAUUUUUUCCCAGCAUGAUCAGGCCAAACCCUGCAGCAGAUCCUAGCACACAGCCUCCUGCAACACUGGUGUCACAGACCUGGGACACUCAUUCAAUAACAGCCUAUAAUGUAUUUAUCUUAUGUCCAGCUGUUUACAAAAGUCUUUACUUUGUGGCUUUCCCCAAGAUACUCUUUGAAUGCCUGCACUGAAUCAUAAAUAGCGUAAAGUAUUAUUCUUUAUUCUUGUUUUUUAUAGUAACAGAAUUGAUGAUUUGCAGAGUUCAAGUAAACAAAAAAUAGAUUUACAUAUUGGCUACUAAAUCCGCCUUAUCUCACUGCAAGUCACUUUAGAUUGUGUGAUGAAUAUAGGCCUAAACCUAAUGAUAUGAUAAACGAUAGUAGACUAUUACAGUCUGUAGUCCAUUUUUUGUAGUUUAGGUCCAUUUUCACGAUAUUGCUGUCAUCAUUUUUUUAUGAAAUAUCAUUUGAAAUUCUACUUGCAUUAAUAUAUUUUUUGAAUUAGGUUUUAGUUCCUAUUUUCGAAAAAAACAAACAAAUAUUUCAUCAACCACUGGUAAGCGUCCUCAGUCUUAUGUUGCAUUCACUGAAAGUUGGAUAUUCCAGCUAUUGAUACUGUCGACUCGCAAUUUUGAAAAUAAAACUCACGAUAUCUCAGCCCUGUAUUUUAAAACGUUCCAUAAUGUGAUGUCUUAUCAAUAUAGCAGCAACUAAUGCAAAUCAAUAAAACAUUAGAAAGCAGCAUAAUGUUUAUAGGCCUACUAGAAGUCCGCGCGAUACCGUACGGUAACGUUUGGUUCUGAAAUUUCCCAGGUUGAGGUAGAAACUGAUCUACGGGCAUUCUGUUACCAAGGAGACAGACGAGGUCGAGACCAGUACUCCUCAGGUAAUCUAUGAAUUGAAUUCAAUCGUUAAAUAUGAAUGGUUAACACUAGAAUUAAGGGUAUGUAACUAUCUAAAUUACAGAAAGAAUAUAUGAAGGUAUUAGUUUCCAUUAUUUUAUCAAGAGACGAUGUUUUUCGGACAAUUCAAAAAUGCAAGUUGUAAGCAAACACUAGCGCAGAUAGUCUUUCUGCUUACUUUAGUUAGCAGCAGGUAGGCCUAUCUGACGCUGUAGGCCCAAUUUCAGGAAUCACAGGUCAUGAAAACAAACUAACGAACUAAUGAAGAAUGUAUCAACAGUGAAAUUAGUUACACUUUUCAUUUAUAAGUAAUGAGUCUUUUCUUUAAGCAGAACACAAAACCCCUGCAGAAAUGUCGAGGUAUUCUUAUCAUCCAGGAGCUAACCUGAACCCAGCCGAGGACUACAGAAGGAGGAGAAGGAUCAUUGCUGAAGAUCCAGACUGGUACCUGACUUUAGUGCCUUGUUUAUCAAAACUGUGUCUGCAAAGCAUCAUUAAAAACUUUGAAGUGAAGCAGAUAUUCGAAGAGCUUAAACCCAGCGAGAAAGAGUUUGUGCAAGGAGGACUGUCUACUUCCCUGCCCCUGGAUGUGACCGCCAACUCGAUCACAGAUGGAGUUUACUGGAAGCGACGCUGUGAGGGGCGGUGGGACCUUUGUGAUGUCUCUCAUUAUGGAAACAGCUGGAAGCGAAUGUUUUUUGAGAGGCACAUGGAGGACAUUAUUGAGCUGUUUAUUCCAGAGGUAACAGAGACAAGUACAGUUCUGGAGUUGGUGCCAAUUUGUCAGAAAUAUGUCAAGAGGCUUGACAUUACCCAGCUCCUACCACCGAUCAAGGAGCCACAGACAGAGGAAGAGGACUAUGGCUUGGAGUUGUUAGGCAAUAAUGAAGGACCAUCCAUUGACCACUUUAACUUUAACAUCCUGCUCAGUAAGCUGACAAACCUGGAAGAGCUCCAUUUGGUUUAUAGGGUCAAGCAAUGUGGAAUGAACUUUGAAUGGCAGAUGUUUGAGAUGACUGACCGAGAUUGUGAGUCCCUUGCAACAGCCCUUAAGUCCUGCAUGACUCUAAAGCUUCUCAGGCUCCAUGAAAGUCACAUUGAUGAUAAAAAGUGCCGGCUGCUGGUGAAACACCUUUUGGACCACCCGUCCCUGAGGGAGCUGGACUUUUCUUACAACCUGAUCGGAGACAGAGGAACCAGAGCUGUCGCUAAACUACUCGCCAGGAGUAAACUGGAGACCCUGAACAUGUGCUGCAAUGAAAUCAGAGAACACGGAGCCAAAGCUAUAGCUCAUGCCUUGUCCAACAACUCCACCCUUUUGUCUCUUAACCUGCGUCUGAACCGUUUGGGGGACGAGGGGGGUCAGGCGAUUGGGAAGGCCUUGCUGAACAACAACAACACCCUUCUUCACCUGCACCUGGGAGGCAAUACGGUGACGGCACCAACUGCCAUCGCACUUGCCAAAGUGAUUGCUCACAAUAAAACCUUAAAGGGCAUCAAUCUCUCCUGCAACAACCUGGGUGUGGCUGGAGGAAAAGCUCUGGAGGAGGCGAUGUCUUACAACACCAGUAUAACAGAGUGUGAUAUCCGUCAGACAGAGGUGGAUGAGCAGAGUGUUUCCUUCAUAAACCAGGUGGUUUGGAACAACAAGAGUUCAGAAAAAAAGAAACAAACUCAAGAGAAUAAAUCCAAAUAGACCUAAACAGCUUUAUUUUUGAAUAAAAACCCAUCUUAAUCAAGUUUGAUUGAGGAUUCCCGUUCCUUGCCCUGCAUUAUCUUGUCUUAAAGUGCACAUGCUUUGCUCUGCAUUUCAAACUAAAGUAGAUCAAAUUUAAGAUUUGAUCUCAGAGCGGAAAAAAUGAGAAAAAAUGGUAGCCCUAAAAAGACAGAAAAUGCAUUGAAAACGUACCAUUUGUCACCUUUCCAUUGUAAUUCUUAUUUUGACUUUUGAUGUCAAUUUCGGAUGUCCACAAAAAAAGUUAAUGAGAUCAUUUCGCAUAAGGAAGUCCUGUGUUUUUGCACUUUUCAAAUGAAAAUGUUAGAAAACUACAAAAGCAGAUUGUGCAGUAUCUCUCACCAGCAUAUUUAUCACAAAUUAAGACGUAGUCCUCCAUACGUCCAGUUUCCAUGAUGUGAAGUAUGAAAUGAUGACUUCUUGGAUAGGGGAACACAUGUCUUAAAGUAGUUAUCCAUCCACACAUAUUUUAGUGAGCAUUUCAGUUUAUUGAGGAGUCGCUUUCCAUGUUUACACCAGACACAGAUUUGGUUUAAAGUCCUUAUGUUACAUCAAGGCAACGUUGUGGUGGUGUUGGAAUACAUACAGACUUGCAUUUUUUUAACCUCUUUCUACAGUCCAAUGUUAAAGCAGUCAUACCUUCACUGUGCAGUAACAAAACCUUUUGAGUGUAAUAACUCAUAUUUUCAACAUUUUAAAACCUGCAAAUUCAGGAGUUGAUUGCCAGAAUCAUUAAGAGGAGAAGGAGUUUUUUUUAAAGGGAUGGUGAACUAGUACAAAAAAGUAGUGUACAUUUGAUCAAAUAUAGAGAUUCUUUAAUAAUUAGCAAUAAUCCAGCAACUCUUUUCCUUAAAAUGAAAAUGGGAAUGUGUUUAACCCCCAUGCUAAAUCAGUCAAAUCAUUUUGGCAAGAGUCUGAUUUUAGUGAAAUAUCAAAAAUGUA